CUGAAAUUUCUAGCAUAUGCACACAACUAAACUCAAAUUCAAAUUGAACGUACAUAAAUUGUUGAAGUCAUCAGCGUAGAUAUAAAAUUAAUAAAGUAUAUUUUUUUGUUAACUCAAAUUCGUUUAAUACAAAAUUCACAACCAUGAGUUCGCAUGAGAUUAAGCUGGAGAAUGCCUACCAGAAGAUGAUAGAACAGAAUAUCAAAAGCCAGUUGGAGAAAAAUGGAACAAUGGCGGCUCUACGGAGCGAAAUGCACGUGAAGAUCCUCCAGAUGAUGCGUGGCCAGCAGAAACUGUCCAAAGUCCAACCUCUUACCGGUGGAGCAUCUGGUGGAUCCAAUCAAUCGGAGGAUCACAGCCUGGUCAAGCUUAUCAACCAGAUGGUUAUGGAGUUCCUUGAUUGGUUCGGCUACAAACACACCCUGGAAACACUUCGCAUGGAGACGGGUGAAAGCGUGGCCAAUCGCAGGGAGAUGGAGCAAAGUCUACUCAUCACACCCGAGUCAAAGGAUUUCCCACUCCUGGCACAACUAGUUAUGCGCGAUUGGAAGUUUGGUAUGCAAAAGGGAGCCUCCAAAAAGUUGGUCCAGCUGCCUGAUCCUAUGAAGGCCACUCCGCAAAGGAGUCGGAAAUUGGUGCAGGAACUAAAAGUUAUGAGAGCACAAAAAUCAGAAGUUAACCAAGACAGACUAGUUCAAAACAAUCGAAAACUGAUCACUAAUAAUACGUUUACAAAAGGACUCACACCCAAGAGCAUAAGUACUCCACCUCGUUCGAUCAAGAACGAGAAUACGAAGUCAUACGUGGAUAGUUCUGAAUCCGAUGUCCUGGAAUCGGAUUACAGCGAAGAAGAGUCGGAGGACAGUGAUGCAUACAAGGACAUACCCGAUAGACAGAUCUUUAUCGAUGAUUUGCCGCCAGAGGGAAAAUAUGCCCCCAACCAUGGAGAGGAAGGUCCUUUUAUGGGCAAACAAGAUCAGGCAGAUGAACGCGACAAUAUUCCGAGCUCAUCGAGGAAGCAACAUUUAUCAAGGAAGCCACAAACUGAAAGUUCCGACUCUGAUGAUAAGCCUUUGAAUAGUGGAAGGAAUAAAGUUUUCAGUCAGGACUAUUUGAAUUCUCCACGAGGAGUGCAACUACGGAGCAAAAAUACCUUAAAAUCGGAGGAUGAAUGUGAUACCCACAUAAGAAAAGUCAAUUUAGACAGCGAUUACAGCUCGGAUGAAGAUUGAUCCAUGCCAGAAGUUCCUUCUUUAAUUUAGAAAGUAAAUUUGUGUAUUUCAGCAAAUUUCUUGUCCUUUUAUUGAAACUUAAGUAAUAAAUAAUACGUUUUA